UCAAGCAGUCCAUCAAAUAAAGUGAUAAACGAGUUGUCUCCAUUCCGUGGAAAAGGCGAAUAUGCGCCAUGCAAUUUUUUCCCCCUUUGGAUGCUGCUAAUCCAAACAUGUUGCCUUACUGAUGCUACUUAAUCACUGUUUUUUUUUUUUUUUUUUUUUUGGGGUUCCCUUUAACGCUACUGAAUCCCUUUUCCUUUUCUUGCAUGCUACUUAAUCCCAACAAGUGCAUUUUGGUUUCCGGGUUUCUGUUGAAAUCAGUCUUGGUAGCAGAACUUUGAGUUCUAAUCAAGUCUUACACAAAAUAAACAAGCCACAGAGGAACUAUUCGGCAGCUGGGAGUUUGGAGUACUUGAAGUUUUCUAGCAGCUUCCGUAUAUCAUAAUGGGGUUGCUAGAUUUAUUCAUGGUUGCUUCUGUGCCUGUUAUGAAAGUACUCUUAAUUUGCGGACUCGGCUCUUUUCUUGCUUUAGAUCAUAUAGACAUCUUGGGAGAGAGUGCAAGGAAGCAGAUAAAUAAUGUUGUGUUUUUCGUAUUCAAUCCAGCACUUGUCUCCAGCAACCUGGCUCAAACAAUUACCUUGGAGAACAUCGUAUCAUUGUGGUUCAUGCCGGUCAACAUCUUGCUGACUUUUAUUCUUGGCUUAGUUUUUGGAUGGGUACUUGGCAAAAUAACUAAAGCUCCUCAGCAUCUGAAAGGCCUUGUAAUAGGUUCAUGUGCAGCAGGAAACUUGGGGAAUUUGCCUUUGAUUCUUGUCCCAGCUAUAUGCCGUGAAAAGGGUAGUCCAUUUGGAGCACCAGAUAGCUGCCUUAUGUAUGGGAUGGCUUAUGUUUCUCUUUCUAUGGCGAUAGGAGCCAUUUAUCUGUGGUCUAUUGUUUAUAACAUUGUUCGUGUAUCAUCAACUAAGAGCUAUGAAGUUAUAAAUGUGAAGAAUAAAAGUUCUGAUGAAGAAACCUCAAAAUCCCUUCAAGAGCAGUUAAUUGAUGAGCUUGAUUUAGAAGGCACAUCUGCCAUGGACGAUGCAAAUGUAUCUUUGCUAUCAUGUGCUAAAACUGAUGAGCAAGGAAAGGUUUUCAUCUUGGACAAAAUUAAGAAGCAAAUAUAUUCAUUUUUCAGAAACAUUAAUCUGAAGGCCAUACUUGCACCUUCAACGACUGCAGCGAUUGUUGGCUUCAUCGUCGGAUUAGUGCCCCCCAUACAAAGGUUGAUGAUUGGUGCUAGCGCUCCGCUUCAUGUAGUCCAGGAUUCUGCUUUAUUACUUGGGGAAGCAGCAAUCCCCAUAGUCACACUGAUAGUUGGGGCAAACCUCCUUAGAGGUCUAAGAGGAUCAGGAGUCCAGCUUACUGUCAUUCUCGGGAUCAUUGCUAUUCGAUAUGUUUUCCUGCCUCUGAUUGGAGUCUUGGUUAUUAGAGGGGCAAUUCAUCUCGGCUUCGUGCAUGCAGAUCCCUUAUAUCAGUUUGUUCUACUACUACAGUAUGCUCUUCCCCCUGCCAUGAAUAUAGGUACAAUUACACAAUUAUUUGGGUCAGGCCAGUCCGAAUGUUCUGUAAUUCUGCUGUGGACAUACUCAGUUGCAUCAGUUUCUCUAACACUUUGGUCAACCUAUUUCAUGUGGCUAGUAGCCAAAUCUUGAUUUUGCCGUAGCAGUUGCCAGUUUUGCAACAUGUAUUCAUGUUGUUCUCGUUGCUUCAGCUAAUGUAAGAGCGAGCAAUAUAAAAUAGUACCAGCUAUCAUUGCAUAAGCUCACUGUCGAUUCAACAUUGUGAAAAAGCUUCCAAUUUCAAAAUUUUCCUCCAGCAGCAAAAGGUGUCAUGAAGAGGGUUCUUUUCCAUUGAUACAAAGAUCAAAAUAGCCCAACUGUCCAACUAAGUAGCUGUGCGGAUGUACCUGAAAACCUUGUGGCUUUUGCACUCUUUUUCCCUUUUAAUUAUCCUACUUUUCGAAUUCAGCGUUCAAAAAGGAAACCCUAAAUAUCGCCGUUUUGGAGGUUGAACAAUUGAGCACUCCAAAAGUUUUAAACGCUGACGCCCAAUAAACGAGUUGCUCGGUUCCAAUUUGGAUGCGUGGCCGCUGUAUCAGCAGCAAUGUCAUGCUCAUUCCCAUUUGGAUGCUGUUGCAUGCUGGUAAUCCAUAUUCCGUACUUGUUACCUUGCUAAUGCUAUCUAAUCUUUUCUUUUCUU